GACUUGACCAGAUCUGUCUCAUCAAAUAAUAACAAACGAACUAAGGCGCGCAACACAGCUCUUCAGAAUUGGGUAGCAGACUUACAAAAUCACAUCAUCUCGAUUCUGUUGGCGUUUAUUAACACCAAGCAACCUUCACGCGACGGAGAACGUCUCCGAUGCCAAAGCCGUGAUGUCAUCAUCGACAAAGACUUGGACGUGAACCAGCGCAUCACAUCUUGACGACCACUUCUUUGGCACAUUUUCUUCCCAAUUAUACAUCUAAUCCAGCCGAUCAUGGACCAGCAAUCUGUUAUGGACGACAUCAACCGUAUGACAGGUAGGGAGAAAGGCUGUUGGCGCAUUCAGGAUUGCGGCAGUUGCUUGAAGAGCAAGCACCGAUGUGGAUGGUGUCCUAGCUCAUCCACAUGCGUCCCUGCAACCAACCUUCUCUCCCCAAUCAACCAUCCUGUAUGCCCUCUCGCUUCUGAGCGUUAUGAGCUUCGCACAAGCGCUCUUGGUUGUGAUUGCAGCACUACAACCUUGCUCAGCGUUAUCGUCGCAGUCUUUAGCACGAUUGCUGCGAUCUUGUUGUUGUCACUUGUACUGUGGCUUCUGAAAUGGUGGGGCCGAACAAUGAGAUCUGGAGGGUGGGAGAUUGUAGUUCAAGAGGACGGUACGGUCAGGGAGGGUACUUGGAGAAGAGGGAGCUUGUGGCCCAGGUUCCUGCUUGCUAGGAGAUGAUAGAGAUGCUUGCAGGGACCUAGAAGCAACGUUGGAUGUACUAGUCGUUCUAAUCCUUCCUAAACAAUUUGUUGACGACUGACAGCUAUCCUAAACAUAUCGUAGAAACGAAGCAUCUAGCCAAACAAAGACUGCUCGAUCUUAUUGGCGGAAUAAUCAUUUGCCAAGGAACUGCAACGAGGCUCUACAACAGGAACAACCAUCAUCGGUCCUCUGCC